UCCUAUUUCAAAAUGGGGCUUGAGGUCAAGCCGUCCCAUGCCUCGAUCGCGGAGCGCCGGCAGCUGCGCAAGCAUGCGCAGCCCGAGCAUCAGUACACGGGGUACGUGCCGCCCGACCCGCGCGACGCUGACGUGGCACCGGCUCCGGUGCGGGGCAAGAUCAAGCGCGCAAUCGUGGGCUAUCAAGGGCACCGCCACAACCGCGAAGAUAUGAUUGGUGUCACGUUCACAAAGGGCCUGGAAAUGUGCACACCGGCGACUGCGCGCAAAUUGCAUCCGAAGAAACGAUGCGGAGAGAAGGAAGGCUCGGGGUACGGUCAGUUUGACGAGAUUAGCGGCUACGGCGAGUUCCAAGCACCGCCGUCGCAGCACUCGAUCGACGUCACAGCGUGAGUCCAAGAAACCGCUUGCAAAGUCUAUGCAAGGACCAGCCGAGAGCGCUUCUAAGACCGCCAAGGACAAGAGGCAGCACGCUGCACCAUCCGGCAAGACAAACCAAUC